ACCAGGGGUAAACCGGAAAAGCCAAAGCCGAGUCGUUGAUCUGCUUUGCACCCUGUUUCUUUCUCUAUAUUUUCCCCAACUCUCUCCCAUUAUUCUUUCCUGCUCACUCCCUGGAGUUCACCGAAGCUUCCUUCCCCCCGGCUCUAAAUCUAAACUCAACUUGCCUUCUUCUUCUUCUUCUCAGCCCCUGUGCUUUUUAUCACUCACUGAAUCCAAAGUUUGCGAGCUACGAGUUGAUCUCCUGGGUUCGUGUGGCAAUUCAGUGCUCCAAACGUGGGUGAGAGCUGGUACGAGCCCGUGCCUAAUAGGGCUCCGAGGAGAGUCAAGGUUUCAAAAUAAUGGCUAUCCUCCUGGAUGCGAAUCCCACUUCCACCGGGUUGUCUCCUUUUUGAGAAGCUACUCUGCCUCCCGACUUCAUUUCUUCUCAGAUAUCUGUCUCGCGUGCUCUUUUCCGGCCAUCAACUUUCAAACCCGUCAUGGAUAAAACAGACGUUGGACUCCAGACACUCCGCGAGUCUAUUGCGAGGCGUGCCCUUUAUGGUACACUCUUGCUUGCCUCUGCUGUUUCCAUCGUUUGUUUGCUCCGCGUCCUACCCGCCUUCGAUACGGGAGCAAUGUCUCCCAUCACCUACGAUGACUGUCUGGCGGAUUCGGAUUCGGAUUCGGAUUCUGCAACCGUCACUCCCGGUUCAUAUUUGUUCCAUGUUCGGGUUAUGGACACCUUUUGGGGUUCAUUCGAAUCUAUAAAUUGCAAGCAAGAUAUCAAUUUGACUAUCGAUGUAGUCACUGAGCUGAUGGGUAAACAAUUUUUGGACUGCGGUGCCAAAAGUCUCUGUAUCGGAGACGCGUCGCCGAUGGCUGUCCCGGCAAUGCAGCGGUUGGGAUUCUCCAGUGUCAUUGGUCUCAAUAAACCGCGCCCAUAUUCUCUCAAACAGAAGAAAAUUGUGUACGAGCUUAAUUACCACGACCAUUCAUUCGACUUCGUCUUCUCCAAGGACCUAGAUACCAUUCCGGUCCCUGAUCCGCUUGUGCUCGAGGUUGAGCGCGUCCUUAAGCCCGGUGGAAUCGGAGCCCUCCUUGUGGGUGCUGACGCUUCAAACCCAAAUGACGUGAUGAGGUCCGUUGCUCCAGUGUCUUCAUCACUGAGAUCUUCCAGCAUCGUGCAUGUCAAAUGUAUCAAUGAAUUUAAUCUGAUCGUUUUCAAGAAAAGAUCCGAAACCAGUGUCUUCUACCAGAAUGCCCUUCCACCUGAUUGUCCUAGUCUUACCUUUACCAAGCCCUUCAUAAAGCUGAUGGAACCGCUUGAGGAAGAAAGACCUCUGGAUUAUGCGAAGGGGAUGUCGUAUUUACCCAAGUUUGUGGACAUUUCUGGUAGGAAACGGUUGGUGUACAUUGAUAUCGGAGUAGGUGAGCUUCUGAACAAAACCAAUAUCAGUGAUUGGUUCAUCCCAUCUUACCCCAUCGAUCAAAAAGCUUUCAGCGUCUAUUUUGUCCACUACAACACUUCCAUCCUGUUAUCCCACGUGAAACGACCUGGCAUUGCAUUUGUUUAUCAUCCAGGAUUGGAUGGAAAGCUUACUACAGCUGAGAUUUAUAGCGGGAACGACCUGGAUCCAUUUGUGGGAGACGAAGAGUUUGAUAUCCUUGCGUGGUUCAAAGAAACUGUGAAAAAUGCGGAUUUUGUGGUCCUGAAGAUGAAUGCUGGAGAGGUUGAGAUGAAGCUGUUGUCAGACAUAUUUGAAAGCGGAGCUAUAUGUUUCGUUAACGAGCUGUUCCUGGGCUGCCCAGACGUCGGCGAUGGUCAAAGUGUGAAGACGAAGGAAAGCUGCAUGAAUAUCUACAAGGGCCUCAGAAGCAAUGGGGUCUAUGUCCACCAAUGGUGGGGAGAUGAAAACAGUUGGUGAUGAUUGCGUCCAUGUAGGAAUUCCUGUGUUUGAUGUAUUUUAGGAUUAAAGUCUUAACUACUGCGUUCUGUUGCAGUUGAGGUUGUUGUUUAUGAGUGAACGCCUGGAGUGCUACACCAAAACCAUUAUCAUUCUCGUUCGGUAAUGAAA